CGGGAACCGGCGAGUCCACCACUGGGGGGGCCCCGGCGCCCCCGGACCGAAGGGCCCGGAAGUACUCGGCUCAGGGGCCAGGAGGGGCCGGAGUGGCUCCGGACUGAGAGGCCCAGGCGCCCAGGACCCCGUCGAGGGGUCCGGGGAGCCUGGGGUAUCCCCAAAGGCGGGGUCCGGGGAGCACCGGGCCCUCGGAUGAGGAGCUGGUUGGAGGCCUGGGUCCUGCCCAGUGGGAGGGGGACGAUAGGUGCUGGAAGCCCGGAUGCCCGCCUGGGAGGAGACCCUCUCGGAGCCUUGGCGGGAGAGCAAGAGUACAGAGUGGGUUCUUCUGAGGAGAGCAGAGUCCGGCUUAUCCCGAGGGGCGCGGUAGAGGCCUCGGCCACUCAGAAUAAGGGAAAAAAGGGCAGGUUCUUUCCCAAAGGCAGGGAAGGAAGAGGAGCUCCCAGGAGAAGUGAGCAGGCCCAGGUCUCCCCACAGAUGAGCGCGUGCUAGGAGGACUUUUAGAGCCUCCUGAAGUACGAAGGAGCAGCGUCCAAACCUGAGGGGACGAAGGUGUCUAGGUGCCUCUUGAUGUCUAGGUGGAGAACAAAGUAGCCCGCUCGGUCAGGGCAUGGAGAAACCUAUCUUUUGGAGAGAAGUAGAGAUCGUUGAGGAAAGACGCUUCGGGUGUUCCCGCUUUCUGAAAUGACAGAGGAAUUGGCCUGGUGUUAUCUAAGUGAGGGGCAGGAGAGAUGAAGGCAAAAUCUCAACCCGAGGGUCUUUGGAGGAUGAUCCACCAGACAAGGGGGUGAAGCCUUGACCUAGACAGCAGAACAGGCGCAGCCCUGGAUUCUCUCAAGAUGAGAGAAAUCUCAGAACCACUUCCUAGUAGACACAGAUGGGGCCUUGAUUGAUGUCUGCUUAGGCGAAUCAAGAUGGGUUUUAGGAAAAGAGACUGUCAGACAUAAUUCUAGUCUUGAGGGAUUAUCUUCUUCCUCCUUGCCUCUGCUGAUAGUUACCAAAGUGCAUUUGGGGACCCUUUUUAUUUGUGUUUUGAGACGGAGCCUCACUCUGUCACCCAGGCUGGAGUGCAGUGGUGCGAUCUUGGCUCACUGCAAGCUCCGCCUCCCCGGUUCAAACGAUUCUCCUGCCUCAGCCUCCCGAGUAGCUGGGGCUACAGGCACGUGCCACCAUACCAGCCAAUUUUUGUUUGUUUGUUUGUUUGAGACGGAGUUUCACUCUUGUUGCCCAGACCGGAGUGCAAUGGCGCGAUCUCACCUCACCGCAACCUCCACCUCUCGAGUUCAAGCGAUUCUCCUGCCUCACCCUCUGGAGUAGCUGGGGCUACAGGCACCCGCCACCAUGCCCAGCUAAUUUUUGUAUUUUUAGUAGAGACGGGGUUUCACCAUGUUGGCCAGGCUGGUCUCGAACUCCCAACCUCAGGUGAUCUGACAUCGUCAGCCUCCCAGAGUGCUGGGAUUACAGGCGUGAGUCACUGCGCCUGGCCCACCAGACUAAUUUUUUUGUGUUUUUAGUAGAGACGGGGUUUCACUGUGUUAGCCAGGAUGGCCCUCUCCUGACCUCGUGAUUCCUCCGCGUUGGCCUUCCAAAGUGCUGGUAUUACAGGCGUGAGCCACUGCGCCCUGCCGGGGAAACUUCUCAUUCAAUGGUUGCACCGUCUCCUAAUUUGAGAGCCUUAUAUCAAGGAUGUAUAUUUAAUAUCUUACUUAAAUGAUUUUUUUUUUGGUUCCUAUUUACUUCAGCAAAUACAUUGAAUAGGUAGCUUCUAUCAGCUUCAUUGGGUUUAUUGUGGGGGCAGUAUUUUGGUCUUGCCCUAAGCCAAAGUCCACCGGACUGUAGCGGGAUGACUCCAAAUAACUCUUAUCCCAUCGCUCCCUCAAACAUCUACAUAGUAGUCUCCAGUCUGUGACUUAGAAUUUCACCUCCUCUGGAUACUUCUUUCAGUGUUUCUGCGUAAUUUACUUGUUGACCUCAUUACAUCUUGUAGCACUGUGGAUCACCCACUGAAUGCAUGAGAAGAAAUAAAGGGGAUAUCAAGGAGUUUUGGCCUCAAGAUGUACAGACUGAGGAGGAAAAGCCAACAAAGUGAGAUGAUGGUUGUGACGGGGGUACUGCAGGUGCUGAGAGAUCAAGAACACAAACUCAAACCUAGUGAAGGAAUUCACAGAAGGCCUCCCGCAAGUGAUGUUUCAAGAAAAUCACAAAAUGAUGGAAUUUCACUCUUGUUGCCCAGGCUGGAGUGCAAUGGCAUGAUCUCGGCUCACCACAACCUCCACCUCCUGGCUUCAAGCGAUUCUCCUUCCUCAGCCUCCUGAGUAGAUGGGAUUACAGAUACGCACCACCAUCAGUCCCAGCUAUCUGACUUCAUGUGAAAGAUGGCUAAUGCAGAAGUGAGUGUCCCAGUGGGGGAUGUGGUUGUGGUACCCACUGAAGGAAAUGAAGGGGAGAAUCCUGAAGAUACUAAAACCCAAGUGAUUUUGCAGUUACAGCCUGUGCAACAAGGUUUGUUUAUCGAUGGACACUUUUACAACAGGAUUUAUGAAGCUGGGUCGGAGAACAACACGGCAGUUGUAGCAGUAGAAACCCACACGAUACACAAAAUUGAAGAAGGGAUUGAUACAGGCACUAUAGAAGCAAAUGAGGAUAUGGAAAUUGCUUACCCCAUAACGUGUGGGGAGAGCAAAGCCAUCCUGCUCUGGAAGAAGUUUGUGUGUCCGGGAAUAAACGUGAAGUGUGUCAAGUUCAAUGAUCAGUUGAUCAGCCCCAAGCACUUUGUUCAUCUGGCUGGCAAGUCCACCCUGAAGGACUGGAAGAGAGCUAUUCGUCUAGGUGGGAUCAUGCUCAGGAAAAUGAUGGACUCCGGACAGAUUGAUUUUUACCAACAUGACAAAGUUUGCUCCAAUACCUGCAGAAGCACCAAAUUUGAUCUUCUGAUCAGCAGUGCAAGAGCUCCAGUGCCAGGACAGCAGACAAGUGUGGUGCAGACACCCACUUCGGCUGAUGGUAGCAUCACGCAGAUUGCCAUCUCAGAAGAGAGCAUGGAAGAGGCAGGGCUGGAAUGGAACUCAGCUCUCACCGCUGCUGUCACCAUGGCCACGGAGGAGGGUGUAAAGAAAGACUCAGAGGAAAUUUCAGAGGACACUUUGAUGUUCUGGAAAGGAAUAGCUGAUGUAGGGCUGAUGGAAGAGGUUGUCUGCAAUAUACAGAAGGAAAUAGAGGAGCUACUCAGGGGAGUUCAGCAGCGGCUCAUCCAGGCUCCCUUCCAAGUCACAGAUGCUGCUGUUCUCAACAACGUAGCACACACAUUUGGCCUAAUGGACACAGUCAAGAAGGUUUUAGACAACAGAAGGAACCAAGUAGAGCAGGGAGAAGAACAGUUUCUCUAUACUCUGACAGACUUGGAACGCCAGUUGGAGGAGCAGAAGAAGCAAGCCCAGGAUCACAGGCUGAAAUCUCAGACAGUUCAAAAUGUGGUUCUGAUGCCUGUGAGCACUCCUAAGCCUCCGAAAAGACCCCGGCUCCAGCGACCAGCCUCCACCACUGUCUUGAGCCCUUCUCCUCCUGUCCAGCAGCCUCAGUUCACGGUCAUCUCACCCAUCACCAUCACCCCAGUGGGUCAGUCAUUUUCCAUGGGCAAUAUUCCAGUGGCCACCCUCAGCCAGGGCUCCAGUCCUGUGACUGUCCACACACUGCCUUCUGGCCCUCAGCUCUUCCGCUAUGCCACAGUGGUCUCCUCUGCCAAGAGCAGCUCACCAGACACAGUGACCAUCCACCCUUCAUCUAGCUUGGCGCUGCUGAGCUCUACUGCCAUGCAGGAUGGGAGUACACUGGGCAACAUGACCACCAUGGUUAGCCCUGUGGAGUUGGUGGCCAUGGAGUCCGGCCUAACCUCGGCAAUUCAGGCUGUUGAAAGCACCUCAGAGGAUGGGCAGACCAUCAUUGAGAUUGAUCCAGCCCCGGACCCAGAAGCUGAAGAUACUGAGGGCAAAGCAGUCAUCUUGGAGACAGAGCUGAGGACUGAGGAGAAAGUUGUGGCUGAGAUGGAAGAACACCAGCAUCAAGUUCACAAUGUGGAGAUUGUGGUCUUAGAGGAUUAACUGGGGAUCUCAGGGCCAGGAGUUAUGUUUUGAUUUGGAAUUUUAAUUAUUUGUUUAUUUUUAUCAUUGUCCCGUUCAUUUCCACAUAGGACCCUUUUUUAAAAAAAAAAACAAAAUCUUAUUGUUGUAACUGAAAAUGUUGGGUUCUUCCCACUCCCUCAUUGAAAAAUGGACAAAACAAGCUGCCCUUCCAGAAGUUGAGAGUAGGUCAUUCAAUGUCCUAAUCAUCUUACACCAAGAAAGUAAUUUCUUUUAGGGGAAGUGUGAAGAUAACGAGUAACCCUGUCCAGAAAGCCAUUUCCAGGCUCGUCUGUGUAGGCAUGUGGUUUUGUUCUUAUAAAGAUGCAUUGACCAAACUCUGGAACACAGAUCUGACACUGGAAGGCAACCCAUUCGCAUGUGGAUGCUGAAGGGCACUUUAUUUUGUAUCCUGAAAAGGGCCUGCAGAGGCCAGUACAAAACUCUCAAACAAAAGGAAGUUGACUCUGCUUUGAGGGGAAGGUGGCAUGCCAGCACUAUCUUAAAAAGGGAAAUGCUAGCCGGGCGUGGUGGCUCACGCCUGUAAUCCCAGCACUUUGGGAGGCCGAGGCGGGCGGAUCACGAGGUCAGGAGUUUGAGACCAGCCUGGCCAACAUGGUGAAACCCCGUAUCUACUAAAAAUACAAAAAAAAAAAUUAGCCGGGUGUGGUGGCGGGAGCCUGUAAUCCCAGCUAUUCGGGAGGCCAAGGCAGGAGAAUUGCUUGAACCUGGGAAGGCAGAGGUUGCAGUGAGCCAAGAUCGCACCACUGCACUCCAGCCUGGGCAACAAGAGCGAGACUCCAUCUCAAAACAAAAAAAAGAAGUGCUUUGGCAAGUAUGGGGCAGGGAAAUCUCUUACUUCCAGAGGUGCAACUGACGCCUCUGGAGAUCUCGAAAAGUUAGUACCGUGAGUGCCAUUUUGAGAAGAGGGUGGUAAUAAGUGGAAGGUACAUCUCCACAGAGCAAGUGGCAGCAGCAGUGGCCUGUGGUUUUGCAGAAAUGGAAAGCCCCAAGGCCGGGUGCCGUGGCUCACGCCUGUAAUCCCAGCACUUUGGGAGGCCAAGGCGGGCGAAUCACCUGAGGUCAGGAGUUUGAGGCCAGCCUGGCCAACAUGGUGAAACCCCGUCUCUACUAAAAAUACACACAAAAAAAAUUAGCUGGGCAUGGUGGCAGGCGCCUGUAAUCCCAGCUACUUGGGAGGCUGAGGCAGGAGAAUUGCUUGAACCUGGGAGGCGGAGGUUGCAAUGAGCUGAGAUCAUGCCAUUGCACUCUAGCCUGGGCGAGAAGAGCAAAACUCUGUCUCAAAAAAAAAAAAGAAAUGGAAAGUCAAGGAUGCUGCAGCUGUGCUUUGGGGUUCAAGGUAAUAGCUUACCUUGUUCCACACUUUGUCAAAGCACUCACCCUCCUAAACUAGGACCAGUCCAUUCAUUUGAAACUGUGCAAUGUGAUGUAAAUUGCUCUGGUUCUUGGACUGUGGCUGUCACAGGGAUGGGGCUCCAAGGCCAUCAUUUUCAUUGCAUGGCUCCAAUAGCAGGGAGUUCCUCAAUCACACCAGCUGCCAUUUUUGGUGGGGCCAUUUUUUUGACUUUGGAACCAAAAGCAGCCACUCAUUUGGUGCUUCCUCUUGUUCUGCCCUCCAUCCCUCAACUGUUAAUGGCAUCUGUCUCCUAGAACCCACGCUCUUCAGCUUUUUGGCUGAUUUGGAGAACAGUGACAGGUGCCUGCCUGCCUUCAUUCCCUUUUAGAUUCAUUUAUACCACAGAUGUUUCUGUGAGAUACUGAGAUCAUAAAAAGCUUUAGGCUUGGCAGAGAGGACUCAACACCCCCAGGCUUUCCUGAGGCACCAACUAGAUGUCUCUUGAGUGAACUGGACUCCCUGGGAAAGAAGCAUUGUCUGCAACAUUAUAUUAUAGGAAAUGUAUCAGGAAUGUCAAUAAUAAUGUCUUGGGGGGAUUAUUUUGUUUUGUUUUGUUUUUAAUGUUUGUAUAUUUAGAGCUGGGCCAUUUUCCGUGCUGUGAUUCCUUCUCUUUGACCCUCUUCAGUGUUUGGGGCAAGAGUGGACCCUGGUUUUUAUUUCUUUGAUUGCAUUGUUUACUGCACUAGGAAAAAUAUAGGGAUACAGGGAAACUACAGACAAAUUAAAGGAAAAAUAGGUCAAAAAAGAAAGCACACACCUUAAGAGUGGGAGGAAUAUUUUUAUUAAAAACAAAACUUUGACCUGUAGUUUCUUUUUUUCUUUUUUAUUUUUAAGAAGGCACCUAUCAGAAGCCAUGUUUCUUCAACAGAUGUUGGAAACCCCUUUGAGCAAGUAAAAGUUGCAUUCUCCAUCCCUCAGAUUGCUGUAUGUAGUCAAAGAAACCCUAUAACAUGGGAAGGUUACUCUUUUUUUUUUUUUUCUUUUUGAGAUGGAGUCUCUCUCUGUAGCCCAGGCUGGAGUGCAAUGGUGUGAUCUCAGCUCACUGCAACCUCCGCCUCAUUGGUUCAAGUGAUUCUCCUGCCUCAGCCUCCUGAGUAGCUGGGAUUACAGGCUCCCACCACCACGCCUGGGUAAUUUUUGUAUUUUUAGUAGAGACGGGGUUUCGCCAUGUUGGCCAGGCUGGUCUCGAACUCCUGGCCUCGAGCGAUCCGCCCGCCUUGGCCUCCCAAAGUGUUGGGAUUACAGGCAUGAGCCACCGCACCCAGCCUGAAGGUGACUCUUUAAGAAUGAGAUUUAUGAACUCCAUACAAUUGUAGAUUUCAGUUUUUAAAUAGUCUGGGGUUUUAUUUUUCUUUUCAAAAUAUCUAAUAGACUUAGCAAUCAAUUUAGAACAAAUAUUUGGCCCUUAACAUAUCUCUAGUGAGGGAAGUAGCUUUUAUUUCUUGCUUGUUUAGGUCUUCUGUUGGUACAUAAACAAAACAUUGCUGUCUAAGACUGAAUCUACUUGAAUCUAGGAAGGCACAUCUCAUCCCUAUUGUGGUUUUUAGGGACACUUUUCUCUUUCCCAGAGAUGAGAGGACCAAUUCAGGACAGAAUACCAACAUGCUAGCUGAGGUUCCCUUCUUUCCUUCAUCAGAGCUAUCGGCAGGGUUUUAAGGUAGUGUGUGCAUCAUGCGUCCAAAGCCAGGAGACUUCUUCAGACAGCGUGUUUACUAGAUGCAUUUUCCAGCUGGUGAAAUACAUGAGCUUUGUUGUUUUCCUAGUCUUCCAAUAGCCUGUCAUUAUUGUUAGAUAUUAUGGCACCUGUUGUUUAAUGUGGGUUCCCUUACAGCCCUGGUCUAGAUGAUCCUAGAUGGGGUGAGAUAUAUGCAAGCCAUUGGUAUGUGCAUAAGCAGUUGCAAUGACCUUAGGCUGACUUGGUAGUAGGCAUUUAUCUUUCUGUUCAUGCAUUGAAUAAACAUUUUUAAGAACCAUCUAUGUGCCAGGCUUUGUGCUAGGCACUGACAGUAGAGAGAUGAAGACAUAGUCCUCGCACUUACGGAAUUCAUACUCCAGAUGUCUGGAGUUAAGAAAUACAUAUUUCAGGCCGGGCGUGGUGGCUCACGCCUGUAAUCCCAGCACUUUGGGAGGCCGAGGCGGGCGGAUCACGAGGUCAGGAGAUCGAGACCAUCCUGGCUAACACGGUGAAACCCCGUCUCUACUAAAAAUACAAAAAAUUAGCCGGGCGAGGUGGCGGGUGCCUGUAGCCCCAGCUACUCAGAGAGGCUGAGGCAGGAGAAUGGCGUGAACCCGGGAGGCGGAGCUUGCAGUGAGCCGAGAUCGUGCCACUGCACUCCAGCCUGGGUGACAGAGCGAGACUCCGUCUCAAAAAAAAAAACAAAAAACAUAUUUCAGCCAGGCACGGUGGCUCACACCUAGAAUCCCAGCACUUUCAGAAGCUGAGGCAGAAUUGCUUGAGGCCAAGAGUUUAGCCUGGUCAACAUAGCCAGACCCCGUCUCUACAAAAAAAAGUAAAAA